AUGGAUGGGGUAUUCGCAAUUCUGAAGAUGUCUAUAUCAGUUUUGAUGCUCAACGUUGAGGACUUAAAACCUACAAAAGAUAAGGCUACUGAUGCCAAGACUGAAACUAAGAAAGAAGAAGCCCCUGAAUCUGAUGACGAAGAAGAUGAUUCGGAGGAUAGUGGAUCUGAUGAUUUAUCAGGAGGAAUGCCAAAGCUUUUUGUUGGAAUGAUUCUUAUUCUCAUUUUUGCCGAAGCUUUGGCUCUUUAUGGUCUUAUUGUCGGCAUUAUUCUCUCUUCUCGUGCUGGUCAGUCAAGAGCAGCCUAG